AUGAACCACACUCAGCCUUACAUGGACGUCCAUUCGCACAUGUCUUCUGCCCAACCAUACCCAUCGCAAGCUGCUACCUCCGGCACCAUGUCCCACUACCCCUACCAGCACCAACCUCCAGUCCUGCAACCCGCUUCGACUUAUGCCCCAGUCACAUACCAGCAGUAUGCGUAUCCCAAUCCGGUGACUUCGCCGCCAUCAGCCCAUGCUCCUCCAGCGAGCUCCCUCGGGGGCCAGAUGCCGACACAGCUCUUGCCCCUUCCCCAAGGUGAGUGGGCCGGACAGGUCUUUCCCCCCGCUCUCCUCCCGCCUCAGAGAGUGAAAGAUGAGAUUGUUAAUGUGGAAUCAGUAGUGAGUGCCGCAAGCAACCACUCGAGUGCAACUCCUUCUGGGUACGGCAAUACCACUGGGUCGCCCAUGCAGGGGUAUGUUUAUGAUCCCACGGGUCAGGUGGCGCCACCCGGCGCGAAACCAAGGGUCACGGCCACCUUGUGGGAAGAUGAGGGGAGUCUCUGCUACCAGGUGGAGGCCAAGGGCGUCUGCGUGGCUCGACGAGAGGACAACCACAUGAUCAACGGCACAAAGCUUCUCAACGUGGCCGGCAUGACUCGUGGUCGUCGUGACGGAAUCCUCAAGAGUGAGAAACUGCGUCACGUGGUCAAAAUUGGCCCGAUGCACUUGAAGGGUGUUUGGUACGUCUAUGGGUCCAAAUUCGAAAAUGAGUGGGAGGGACAAGGCGAGCGGACCGGAGCUAAUCUUGCAACCUGGUUCAGGAUUCCAUUUGAGCGAGCCCUGGAGUUCGCAAACAAGGAAAAGAUCACCGACCUUUUGUAUCCUCUCUUUGUGCACAACAUCGGUGGCCUUCUGUACCAUCCAGCCAACCAGAACCGAACCAACAUGGUUGUGCAAGAAUCGCAGCACCGACGGAUGGAGGGUCCUCCCUCUGGGCCACAACGUACGACUCCGACUGCGCCUCAACACUCCAGCCUUCACCACCAGGCAAUGCAAACACCUAUGUCCUCGCACAUGUCUCAGCCGUCCUCCAUAGGUGGUGGAUCUCGUCCGGGUCUAGAACGUGCCAACACUUUCCCUACGCCCCCAGCAAGUGCAUCCAGUUUAAUCGGAGUGACCAACCAAAACAGCUCGUAUGAAUGGGGCGGCUCGGUGCCGCACACGCAGCCUCUUUCCAUCGACACGGCUUUGAGCAACCAGCGAUCCAUGCCCACCACACCCGCGACGACGCCGCCCGGGAACAACAUGCAUGGCAUUCCGCCCUAUCAGGCUCAAUCGGGGUAUGACAGCAAGCCGUACUACUCUGCCGCCCCGCAGUCUCACUCGCAAUACGCUCCCCAGACUCCCAUGACCCAGUCGGGCGUCUCCAGCUACGGUCAACCUCUUCCGAACGUGAACAGCUACCUGAAGAAUGAAAUGGCUCCUCCGGGAAGCCGCACUGCUGACCACGAAUCCUCUGAUUUGAAGAACGACCGCUACGCCCAAGGCAGCGGCUCUGAUCGAUACGGCCAGGAUGCAUCCGCGGAGUCGGUGCAAGAUCAGGAGUCGGAAUACUUGCAAGACCAGAGUUCCACCUACAACAAUCGCGGCUCCUACACUUACACCACAAACCCGUCGGCGGCCGCGCUCAGCGGCGAGCACUCUCAGUUGACGCCGGAGAUGACUGGGUCUCCUCAGCAAAACGGCUCGGGACGUAUGACUCCGCGAACCAGCAUCAGCGGGCCGGCUCCGCACUGGGCAUCUGGGUACAACACUCCUCCGCGUCCUCCCCUCGCGCCAUCGCUGUACAACGCUGUGAGCGACACUCGAGGCACCCCGGCGAAUGGAGGAUCCGACCCUUACUCGAUGGCCUCGGCCUCUGCCCCCGUGUAUUCGACUGCCAUGGGUGGCAGCAUGGGAUCCGGCAACAAGCGCAUGCGCGAUGACGACGAUGCCGUUCGGGCUGACCCUACCAAUGAGUAUGAGAGCAAGCGGCGCAAGACCAUCACCGAGAACCCUCUUGGUGGUCCUCUCGGUGGGGCUCCCCUUUUGCAGCCCAUGAAGACUGGCGGCCCUGUCGCACGUCGCCGUUAA